AAACCGAAAAGGAAAUAUUCUGUAGUUGGAUUAUGAUGCGAUUGAAGUGUCCUCCCUCUCAAAGCCUUUACCAAUAAAGCUUCCUUGUGCACUCUCUCUCCCUCCUAACAAGCGAUAAAAAUGUUGAUGAGUAGCAUCUUCAGUUCCAUUCAUCUCAAAACCUCUUCUUUCUUCCCAACCCCACUUCCCACCAAUCACCAAAAUCCUUUCCCCCUCACUUUCUCCUUCAAACCCAAUUCCCCAAUUGCCCCCAUCAAAUGGCACAUAAGUUCCUGUGCAGCUGGUCAAGAAAUCGACAUGGAACGAACCAAAGAAGGACUAUACACAGCAAAACCCAAAAAAGUCGUAAUCUUGUGGGACUUAGACAACAAACCGCCACGUGGACCGCCGUACGAAGCUGCCAUGUCAUUGAAAAAAGUAGCACAAUUCUUUGGUGAAGUGGUAGAUAUGUCUGCAUAUGCCAAUCGCCAUGCUUUCAUCCAUCUUCCUCAGUGGGUUGCUGAACAAAGGCGCGAAAGGCGCCAUCUUGAUGUUCUCGAACGUAAAGGUGCUGUAACCCCUUCUGAACCUUACAUUUGUUCUGUUUGUGGCCGAAAAUGUAAGACUAACUUGGAUUUAAAGAAGCAUUUUAAGCAGUUACAUGAGAGAGAAAGGCAAAAAAAGCUCUCUCGUAUGAGGUCACUUAAAGGGAAAAAAAGGCAGAAGUUUAAAGAGAGGCAUGUUGAUGGUAAUUACAAGUAUAUAGAGGCUGCUAGGAGUUUGAUAACACCAAAAGUGGGGUAUGGUUUAGCAGCUGAGUUGAGGAGAGCUGGGGUUUUUGUAAAGACUGUGGCGGAUAAGCCACAGGCUGCAGAUUGGGCAUUGAAAAAGCAAAUGCAGCAUUCAAUGACUAGAGGGAUUGAUUGGUUGUUUUUGGUUUCUGAUGAUUCAGAUUUUUGUGAUAUGUUGAGGAGAGCAAAGGAAGCAAAUUUGGGAACUGUGGUAGUUGGGGAUAUGGACAGGGCAUUGGGGAGGCAUGCUGAUUUAUGGAUUCCUUGGAAUGGGGUAGAGAAUGGCGAGAUAAAGGAGAAGGAUUUAGUGUUAAAGCUUGAGAGGAGGAGGGAGUCUUGGGGUAGGAGUAAUGCGCGGUUUUCUGUGAGUGAGUUUGAUGGUGGGAUAAGUGGGGAGGGUACUAGUGUAGGAACUUUGAUGGANGUUUGAUGGAUGAUAUUGUUGAGAAGUUGGAGCUUUCUGGCACGAGGAUUUCAGCUUUCUCUGAAGGGGAGGAGGAUGAAGAUGUUGAGGAGCUGGAUGAGGAAGACUGGCUUCGUGCAAGAUUGGAUCAACCAGGUGAUGACAAAUAUGAUACAGAAGACUCCUUAUUGGAUAGCGAGGAUGAGGAGGGGGACUACUUAUUGGAUAGUGAUGACGAAGAUACAGGCCAGAUGGUAUAAAUUGAUGAUGAAAGCAAUAAGAGAAAAAGCACUUUGGCAUUGCUUUGUCGAAAGAUUUAUAGGAAUUGUUUGAGAUAAGGAGUAUGCUCUGUAAAAAUGAGGUAGAAUGAAAGGUUGCUAGAGCAAUUUGACAUAUUGACCGAGUAUGUCUCUGGCAGUUCAGCUAUCUUCGAGCAUGUCGAGGUAAUACAGAUGUAACCUGACUUUCUCUUUCAGAAGGAUCCAAAACUGUUACUUGGUUAUCAAAGUAUUGCUUUGAAAGUUUACUGUGCCUGUAUUCUCUUUCACAAACUUUCUACAAGGUCAAGGUGUGCUUCUCGCUUAUGGGAACAUUCCCAUUGAUUCGAAUAUAAUACAUGACAAAUUCCUUUUUUUGGACUUUUCUCCAAAUUUCUUUUGGAGCUCUGGAUUAUUUGUGAUAUUGUCAUCUGAUAAAGCUCUGAGUUAUUACUUCUUUAUCUUUCUGCUAUGUGUAUGGCAUAUACAUGACUAAUAUUAGUUGUUUUUGGGGUAACUCUUCUGAACCUGUUUUUACCUGCUCAUCUUUUUGAGGCAGUCAAGUAUCAGCACACGGGGGUUCUUCUACAUAUUAGAUGUGGAAAUUUCUGCUGCAUUCAAUGUUGCUCUGUGGUUUGGUGAAUAAAUAUACCAGAUAAAAGAGUGAAUCUGGAAUUUCUUUUAACUAAUUCAACUCUUUGCUUUUCUCAUUUCUAGUAAAAUAAGUAUCGAUAAUGUCAAUACAUUUCCUCAACUGAGAGAAAAAUUUGCUCUCAAAGACAACUGCAAUCAGUACUAGUUGACAGAAGUAAUCGAAAACAAAGAAUAGUUAAUAAGAUGUCAUGUUCCAUGGUAUUGGCAAUAAAAUUGAGGAUGACAGGGAGCAGUAAAUGGAGAUUUUUAUAUGCCAAAGAACCACCGCUUGGAGUACAGAACUGAUUUUUCUACUAUUUAGAAGCGACAGUUAAGGGCCUCUUCAUCGUCCUAAUUCCGGAAAUUACGCCGCUUUCUGCGACAUUAAAACCUUCUGCUGAAUUCUCCCACUCUCUGUCCUAUUGGCACGCGCCUCUCUUUGGUUACUGAUGUGGAAGCUAAAUCUGCUUUUGGCGAUGUGUAGCUCUGCAACACCAGCACUUUGAUGGGCAUGUGUAGCGUACUUCUGGCGUUAACCUUUAACCCUUGAAGCCAGUUCACUUUUGCUGUCCUUUUUUCUGCAUAUUUGAUCUUUACCCUCAGGUUUAUAUCAGACAGUUUACCGGGCUGCUUAGCUGUGACCGCCCAAUAAAUUUUGGAACAUGCUCUGUUUUGCUUUGGUCUCUGCUUUUCUGCUAUCCAUGUUAUCGUCUCUGUGCCCGCUUGCUGAUAGGUCAGCUCUAGCCUUCGUCUUUCAUCUCCUCCUUUAAAUUUGUGUGUCUGCUUUGAUGGACUGCAAAGGAUUAGGAAAGGGUUUUGGUUUGAUUUCCAGAAACCAAUAGAUCUAAAAGCUUCUGCUUAUGGAUUUCACGAAGAGUUUUUGAAAAGCUCUUCUAGACAUUUUACAAUGUUUACUUCUCUAUUUUUCUUAUUCCAACUUUAGGCUUCUUUUAGGUCCUUGUAGUCUUUAUGAUAAAAAAAAAGUUAAAUUAGUGAAAAUACUGGGUAAAGCUUACGUGUUUACAAUGAAUAAAUCUUUUGUUAAGGAGUAAAUCAUCCUUGAUCGUUAUUAGUCAGGACCCUUUUAAGUCAAUCAUGAACAUGAAUUAACAGGAUUAUAAGAUAAAGCACCACUUGAAUCGCUGAAAGUAAAAAGAAUAACAGGAAAAGAACCUUUUCUAUUCCUUACAUUGCUUUAGGAAGGAAGAUGUACCCCUACCACUAGAAAUUAAUUUAAAUUUAUAGCUGUCUAUAUCGCACUAGACAAAGAUCAACUUCCUUUGAACUCACAAAAAAUAAACAAUAUAAAUACAGUCCACAUGCAUACAGAUAUUGCUAUGGCUCUUCUGUAUAGCUGUACAUGAGUUUGGACAAGAUAUCAUUUAUCAGUUCCAUUGGUUUUGCCGUAAUGCCAAACUGGUGGUAUAUGCAGCCUAAGGACAAGAACAAUUAUACAAUUGAUCCAGACAGGCUUGAGUUGAGUUGUCAGGCAUUUUCUAUCUGAUCACUGCACUAAUAUUAUAUGGUUAUUUAAUUCCUAUUUCCCUCUAUGUUUCUAUUGAAGUAGUGAAGGUCCUACAGGCAUUGUUCAUAAACCAGGAUAUUACGUAAUAUGUACGCUGACAAGACAGGAACUCCUGCUCAAGCACGGACAUCAAACUUAAAUGAGGAGUUGGGGCAGGUUGAUACCAUCCUCUCGGAUAAAACUGGUACUUUGACAUGCAACCAAAUGGACUUCCUAAAAUGCUCCAUUGCUGGUACUGCAUAUGGAACACGAGCCAGUAAUGUAGAACUUGAAGCUGCAAAGCAGAUGGCAGAGGACCUUGGUGGGUAAGAUGAAAUUUCACAGACUGUCAUUAUAAUUGAAUUAGAGACGGUUGUCACUCCUAAAAAUGAGAUCAGGCCUGCAAUAAAAGGGUUCCGCUUUGAGGAUAGCCGACUUAUGAAGGGGAAUUUGAUAGAGGAGCCAAAUGCAGAUGUCAUCUUGCUAUUUUUAGGAUACUUUAUCUUUGUCAUAAUGCGAUUCCUGAGUUAAAUGAGGAGACUUGCUGCUAAAAUUAUGAAGCAGAGUCUCCUGAUGAAGCAACAUUCCUUAUUGCAGCUAGGGAAUUUGGCUUUGAGUUCUGUGAAAGAACUCAAUCAAGUAUUUUUAUACGGGAGAGAUAUCCUUCUUUUGAAGAGCCAAAUGAAAGGGAAUUCAAAGUUCUCAAUCUACUGGACUUCACCAGCAUGCGGAAGAGAAUGUCUGUUAUUAUUCGGGAUGAGCGGGGCCAGAUUCUUCUCUUGUGUAAAGGAGCAGACAGGUCUUUUUUUGACAUUUUUUAAAGUUAGUCUCUAUUUCGUAUCUACUUCGUUAUCCAGUGAAGUAGGUCAUUGAUGAGGCUAUUGUGCUAUAAAAGAUGCUCUUAGCAUGCCUGUAAAUUCCAGUCGGCUUUUCUAAUUAUUACUGCCUCCCUGCCCUCUCCCUUGUAUCGGGUGAAGUUCAUUCCUUUUAAUAGUUUUUGUUCCCGAAAUUUUUAUUUCCUAGACGACCUCUUUGUUGAUGAGACGAAGACAGGGCUCUGUUAAGUUUUGUGAUUGUUGAAUGCAUAAAGAAAGAAAUUUUAAUUUCUUAUUAUCACCUUGCCUUGGCUAAUUGUUUAUCAUAGAUGGGGAGUAUGGCGACCUUUCUGAUGUAAAAUUUUAGAUGAUAUGCUGUUUUAUUUUUUUUGGAUUAUGGAGCAUCAUCUAUGAUAGAUUAUCAAAGAAUGGAAGGAGAUUUGAGGAACCUACCACAAAGCAUUUAAAUGAUUAUGGGGAAGAAGGGUUGUGUAUUCUCAUGCUUGCCUACAAAAAGCUGGAUAAGAAAGAGUACUCUGCAUGGAAUGAAGAGUUUACUAAAGCAAAAGCUUCAAUCGAUGGUGAUAGAGAUAUCAUGCUUGAACGUCUAUCUGAUAUGAUGGAAAAGGAUUUGAUCCUUGUUGGUAUUACAGCUGUGGAGGAUAAACUACAGAAGGGAGUAUGUACUUUAUGCUCCUCAAGAAUCUGAAGUAUAUCUUCUCUGAUAUAGUAGCCGUUUUUUACUAUUUCACAUCUAUACCUUUUCAUCAGGUUCCUAUACACUGAAGAACUCAAAUUGCUUCACUUGUAUUAAUUCUUGAUCAAGGAUAUCAAGGCAGAGACAAUUAGUCAUCUCUUUUUGCAUUGCAGCUUCACUAUACAGAUAUGGAGGAUUUUUAUCAGGUUAAGGGGAAUUCCAUGGGCAAUGCCGGGAAGAAUCCUUGAUAUUCUAGCUAGCUGGAAUAAAGAGGGCUCACUUUCGAGAGACAAAGAGAGAUGGAGAAUUGUCCCAGCUUGUAUAUGGUGGACAGUCUGGGAAGAGAGAAACCAAAGAUGCUUUGAAGAGAAAUCCAACAACAUUCAGAAGAUAAAGAUGAAAUGUUUACUCUUUUUUAUUUUUAGUGUAAAGGAAAACUUUUGGAGGAUAGUGUAUCCAUUUUAGAUGCCUUAGACUCAUUGUAAGAGAACAAGGCAGAAAAGAGCCCUUUUUGUGUAGUUUUGUAUGGGCACUUACAUUGUAAUUAUGGGUGACUUCACAAUUUUAGUGAAGUCUUUACAUGAAUAUACAAAUAUGUUACCUUUUCAAAAAAAAAA